AAUGAGUUCACAAGAAAUAGAUAGGAAACAAGUUAACAAUGGCAGCGUUGAAGAGGUGUUUUUUCUUCGCUUUAUUCUUUCACGUCACAUAUGGACAGGUUCCAAUCCCAAACCACAAGCUUGGAUACGUGUAUGGAGACGUCAAGGGUUUGACUCCGAUCAAUGUAGAUGCUUUUAUGGGACCCGUGUGUCCUGAUAGUCAGAUGGCGUUCCCUACUCUUAAACAGCUGGCUGAGCAUUAUGGACCGGAAGUGUUAACACUCCGGAUGCACAUGUUCCCCCUUCCGUACCACAGGAAUUCGUUUCUUGUCGCAAUGGGUGCCCAGAUAAUCAAUCAACUAUCUGACUCACCACAAACCGUUUUUAACUGGACGGCCAGUGUAUAUAACAGAUUAGACAGCUUAUCUAACAACGCCACCAAGUCUAUGUCAGAAACCAUGGUCAUCAGUAUGUUAAGUGAUAUAGCGACCGGGAUAGGAAUGCAGAAAGCGACAUUUAUCGGAAAGAUGGCGGACCCUAACAUUGAUGAAGACACAAGAGUGGAAUGGAAAUACACAUGCACUCGUGGAAUAUCCGGAACCCCAAUGUUUACGAUCAAUGACGUAAUAGUGCAGGCUGAUGCAUCUUGGGGUCUAGAGGAGUGGAAGAAAGUCAUAGAUCCACUCCUGAAAAGGUCCAGCUCUUCUAACCACUCUGCAAGUUCCACUGGUUGUAAGAUUGGUACCACCAAGUGCGAGUAUCUGCCAGGAAAGAUUGAGUGCUGUACCAAAGGUGAAGGGUGUAUACCGAACGUAGGCUGUCGUUGUUAAGGCGCUAUAUAAUAAAGGCGUAUAACAC